AUGGGUAAAGAAGAAAUAGACUCCGAGGUUCACCACGAGGACCAAAUCACACCACACACGGCACCAGCAAUUCCCCAGGGACAUUUGGAUCUCGAUGAAGAGACAGCAACCUAUGCGGGAGUAUCCGCCGCUUUCGUCGACAAAGAGACAAGCAAAAAAAUGUUCUGGACGGUCAACAAAAGAAUCUUGGCCUGUAUGCUCGGAACAUAUUUCUGCCAAUCUCUAGAUAAGGGCACGCUUGGCUUUGCCUCCAUCAUGGGAAUCAAGAAGGAAGCACACCUCGUUGGCCAAGAUUACAGCUGGCUUGGGACCAUCUUAUACAUGGGUGUGCUAGUCGGAGAAUACCCUACGAACAUGCUUCUGCAAAAACUUCCAGUUGCAAAGUACAUUGCUUUCAAUGUUGGAUGCUGGGGUGUAGUAAUUGCCUGUUCUGCAGCUGCCAAGGAUUUCAAGGGGCUAAUGGUUGUUCGAUUCCUGCUUGGGAUAUUUGAGUCGUGUGUACAGCCAGCUUUCAUCAUCAUCUAUCAACCACUGAUUAUGAUUUUCAAGUACACCAAGCGAGAGCAGGCAGUACUUACCUCUCUAUGGUAUUGUAUGACUGGAGUUCAACUCAUGGUUGGCGGCAUUAUCGCAUGGGGAGCUUCCCAUUAUGUCGGCCACAGCAUAUAUUCUUGGCAGUUGCUAUUCCUCGUUCUUGGGUGCGUCACAGUGGUUUGGGCAUGCUUCAUCGGUUGGUGGGUUCCUGAUAGCCCCAUGAAAGCCAAAUGCUUUUCCGAGGACGAGAAACGGAUGAUGAUUGAGAGAGUCCGUGUCAACGAGACUGGUAUUCAAAACAAGACUUAUAAGCGGUACCAAAUGCUGGAAACAGUAUCAGACCCUAUCGUGUGGUGUUAUAUAAUGCUCUCAAUCACCUCUACCUUGGUCAUAGGUGGUCUCGGCGUCUUCUCCAACCUUAUAAUAGCUUCCUUCGGAUUUUCGACCCUAGAGACACAAUUGUUGAAUAUUGCUCAAGGAGCCGUCACUAUUGUGGUUAUGAUCGGAGGUGCUACAUUAGCUCAGUCUUCUAAGCAGACAAUUUUGAUUAUGCAUCUGCUAAUUGACUACAGUCCAGCAAUUAUAGGAACAGCAGUUAUCUAUUCAAUCGCCCCGUCCGAAAAGACUAGAGUGGGGCUUCUGAUCGCCUUCUAUUGCACACAAUUCAUUCUUGCAGAGGGAAAUCUUCUCUUCUCGGUGAUUUCAAGAAAUGUGGCCGGCCAGACUAAGAAGUCUACAACGCUUGCAAUGACCUUCAUUGGAUGGGCCGCUGGAAAUAUGACGGCACCUCAAAUCUUCCAAGACAGUGACAAACCAAGAUACCGAAAAGGCUUCACAGCCCAUUUCUGUCUCUAUGUUCUAUUCAACAUCUUCCUGGUGGUACUUCGCAUCCUCCUAACACGCCGUAACAAAGCAAAGCGUGAUGCCGCAGCGGCCGUUUUGGCUAACGACGCCGCGCCAAGCUCGACCGCUCCAAUUGAUGAGAAGAUUGAUCAUCAGCUCGCAUUUGAAGAUCUUACGGAUAAAGAGAAUCCAGAUUUCAGAUACGUGGUAUAG